AAAUAUUUUGUGGUAUUUCCCAACUAUUCUUUGCAGGAAAGCUAUAUAUGUCCAGGUAGGUACUACAUGUUGGUCUCAUUGAAAUUCCUCAUCACUCGUGCAGUACAGAUGGUCAACCUCGCUCGUUUGAAAAGGCUGUCCUGAUGAUGUCUCCAGAACGUCAACACAGAUAUAAUCUAUCACCAUAAGAACUGGGGACAAUGGAGAUGGAUCAUCAGGGAGAAAACAAAGGGCCGGGAGAGCAUGUAGUGCCUGUGCAGCUGUGCUCCACUCCAACGACUCCAAGCAAAAGCAAUAUAAUAUGCAAUGCAACCAAACAAAGCUGAUCGAGUGCUAGCUGCUGCUGACCACUAGAGCAGCAGCAGAAGGAGGAGGAGAUCAUCAGCUCAUCAUCCACAUGGGUUCCUACGUCCAAGGCGAUAACGAUGAGGCAGUCCCGGUCUAUCAAUCUGGCGCUGAGGUCCUGCAGAAGCUGCAGGAGAAAUGCCAGGCGGCGGCGGCGGCCAUGUACUCGAGCGUGGUGGGCGGCAUCAUCCUGGACCCUGCCAUGAUGGUCCUCCCGGUGGACGACCACAUGGUCCACCGCGGGCACGGCGUGUUCGACACCGCCAUGCUCCUGGACGGGUGCCUGUACGAGCUGGACCCGCACCUGGACCGCUUCCUCCGCUCCGCCGCCCGGGCCCGGAUCGCCGCGCCCUUCCCGCGCGCCACGCUGCGGAGCAUCCUCAUCCAGAUGACCGCCGCCUCCGGCUGCCGCAAGGGCUCCAUCCGCUACUGGCUCAGCGCCGGGCCCGGGGACUUCCUGCUCUCCCCCAAGGGCUGCCCGUCGCCGGCCUUCUACGCGGUGGUCAUCCCGGCGGACUACGAGCAGUGCCGCGGCGGCGUGCGCGCCGUCACCACGUCGGUGCCCAUGAAGCCGCCGCUGUUCGCCACCACCAAGAACGUCAACUACCUGCCCAACGUGCUGUCCAUCAUGGACGCCGAGGACCGCGGCGCCUUCGCCUCCGUGUGGGUGGACGAGCAGGGGCACGUCGCCGAGGGGCCCAUGGUCAACGUCGCCUUCGUCACCCCGGGCCGCGAGCUCGUGCUCCCGGAGUUCGACAGGAUCCUCAGCGGCUGCACGGCCAGGCGCCUCCUCGCGCUGGCGCCGAGGCUCGUGGAGGACGGCCGGCUGGCGGCGGUGACCACCAGGAACAUCACGGCCGAGGAGGCCAAGCGCAGCGUGGAGAUGGCCUUCGUCGGAAGCGGGCUGCCCGUGCUGCCCAUCGUGGAGUGGGACGACCAGCCCAUCGGGGAUGGGAAGGUUGGAGAGCUGAUGCUGGCGCUGUCGGAUCUGCUCUGGGAGGACAUGAAGUCCGGCCCGGACAGGAUCGCCGUCCCCUACAAUUAAUUAAUGGUUAAUUAAUCAAGCAGUGCGGCCUCCGACAAAUUAAACUACCUACUCUAAAUUAAUAAGCAAUAGCUAUGCCUGCAUCCUGGUGGCUGCUUGUGUGUGUGUAUGAUGGGUGGGGAUGGGAAGCAAGCUCCAUGCCAUAUAUAUUGUUGUAUGCUGUGUUCGGUUGGCUGUGGCUGGUAGUUGGUGCUAAUUUGUUGUUAAAAAAAAAUAAUAUUGGCUGGCUGCUGGCUAGUGGCCGAUGCUGAUUUGGUGCGGAAGAAAAUCACUGCUGGCACAAAGUCAUCAAUAUCAUUGUUAGCGUGUGCUCUGUUUAAUAACGAAA